AUGGAGAGUAAUGCGGAGUUGUCUGAGAAGUACACCACCACAGUCAACAACUAUGCACAGGAAAUCGACGCACUCAACGAGAAGCUACACGUGCUGCAGUCUGACCUCAAACACUCGGAAAGACACCGCCAGACCAUCAGUACUGAAAGCGACCG